UUUUAUGUGUGACUACAGUCUGUGAUACGUUUGAUAAUAAUUUUAUUUUAAUAGAUAGCGCGCUGUGUUCUGUGAUAUCUUGCCAUUUAGACUCACUGCCUCAUUACCAUCCAUUACUCUAGUUUCCAGCAGUUUCCAGUCGUUUCCAACUGAAAGAUGUUAGAAGCUUACGAUGCCAACUACGAUAAAGAACACCCAAGAAAUCUUAUUCCAGAACUGUGUCGGCAGUUUUAUCAUCUCGGAUGGGUGACUGGUACUGGUGGCGGUAUCUCCAUAAAAUACGAAGACAAGAUCUAUAUAGCUCCUUCUGGUGUACAAAAGGAACGUAUGGUACCCAACGAUAUGUUUGUUCAAGAUAUCAAUGGAAUAGAUUUGGAAUUGCCUCCACCAGAGAAGAAACUGAACAAGUCGCAAUGCACUCCACUAUUUAUGUGUGCAUAUAUAAGAAGGCAUGCAGGUGCUGUGAUUCACACACAUUCUAAGUUUGCUGUGAUGGCGACACUAUUGUGGCCUGGGAAAGAAGUCAGACUCACCCAUCUCGAAAUGAUAAAAGGCAUAUGGAAUCAAAAAGAGGGUAGAACGUAUCGUUAUGAUGAGGAAUUGGUAAUACCGAUCAUAGAAAACACUCCCUUUGAGAGAGAUUUAAGAGACGAUUUAGAUAAAAUUAUUGUUCGUUACCCUGAGACUUGUGCGGUAUUGGUACGCAGGCAUGGGAUUUAUGUGUGGGGCAAUUCUUGGCAACAGGCAAAAACUAUGACAGAAUGUUACGAUUAUCUACUUGAUAUUGCAAUUCAAAUGAAACAAUUUAGAUUAGAUCCAUCCAUAACUCCAAAUGAUUAUGAAUUAAAAUAUCAAGCAAAUAGUAUAUUAUGAUAUAUACAGAAAUUUAUUAUUUCUAAUAAUUUCUUAAAAUUAAUAUUUCUGUUAACUAUAAUUCUAUGAUGCAAUAUUAUGUUCUGUGUCUAGUUAUGUACAGUUUUUAAUCAUUAAAAAUGUAUAUAAAAAUUAAAAUAAAAAAAAUAAAGAAAUUUGA